UUUUCCCGGCAUUGACACGGGAAGUUGUCAUGCCGUAGAGUGAGUUGGCACGUAUACCGGAAGUAGAUUAGAGUGAAGUGCAAUCAGGGUGCAGCUGAAGUUUUGACAGAUUCCUGCAGGCCUUUCUGUGAAUAUUACUGCUUUUACUUCACAUUCUACUUACAGGUAGCCGCCAUGAGUCUUCAGUGGACGGCCGUGGCUACGUUUCUGUAUGCCGAGGUAUUUGCGGUACUACUACUAUGUGUCCCGUUCAUCUCUCCAAAACGAUGGAGCAAAUUUUUCAAGUCUCGGCUGGUCACUGUCAUAACAACGUACGGAAACACUGCCUUCAUCGUCAUCAUUUGUAUCCUUGUCUUUCUGCUCAUAGAUGCAUUUAGAGAAGUGAGAAAAUACAGUGUGUCAGAGAAAGUGGAUCUGAGCAACAACCCUGUGGCCAUCGAGCACAUCCACAUGAAGCUGUUCAGAGCCCAGAGGAACGAAUACAUCGCUGGAUUCGCUUUGCUCCUGUGUUUGCUGUUGAGACGUCUGGCCACACUGCUGUCUCAGCAGGCUACACUGAUGGCCUCUAAUGAAGCCUUUAAAAAGCAGGCGGAGGGAGCAAAUGAUGCUGCGAAGAAGUACAUGGAGGAAAAUGAGAAACUGCAGGAGAAUCUGCGGCAAGCGGGCGUUGAAGUGCCUGAAGUGGGUGGGAAGGCCAAGGGUGGGGUGGAGGAGGAUAAGAAAAAUCUGACUGAAGAGGUCAGGCAACUGAAGGAUGAACUUGACGCAACCAAGAAAGCUCUUCAGAAGUCUGACAGUGAUGUGAAGGCCAUGAAGAAGCAGGCCGAGAAUCUCACAACAGAGUACGACCGUCUGCUGGAGGAACACGCCAGACUGCAGGCCAAAUGCGAUGCUCAACAGGACAAGAAAUCGGACUGAAUGAAGACCAUCAUGCACCUGCUCUCUUUCCUGCAUCCUCAUUGGCUGAUAGCAGCUCAGCUGGGCUGCGCAUCACUGCUCUGGCUGUGUAAGAACAGGGUUCCGUUCUUCAUUAAUGUGCUUUCCACGUGAUUCAUGAAAGCCUGCGCGGGGUUUUCAUUCACUGUAUGUUUUCUUUCUGUUUUUGCUGUGAACUUCUGGUGUUUAAUUUUUAUUUCCAAUGUUUUGGUUAUAAAAUGUCAGUUUAGAAUUGAAUAUCCACUGACAUGAGUAUUACAUUUAAUUUCUUGAUGCGUCACAGUUUGUGUGUCAGGUUGAGCCUCAUCCAGGCAGGGUGAAUUUCUUUGUUCAAAUCAUUGAAUUCUACAAUUUACCAAAGCAUGAUUUUACAGUUUACACAAAUGCAUUCAGCUUAUUAUUCAUAAAUGAGGGCCUUUGUUUAUACAGAAGGACCUAGAAAAACGUUGUUUUCAGUAUGAUUCAGACAUUCAAACUGCAUUUUAAUCACUGCUGGUUCUUGCCUUGUGGGGGAAACCUUCGAUCUGUCCUUAUGAAUUUGGAGAUUUGGUUGCAGAACAGAUGCGUGUCUUGGUUAAUUUUAGAUCUUUGAUUUACAGGGUACACAACACUUUACACCCAAUAUGCACUUAAGAAAGAAAAUCCCUCCAGUUUACGAUCGACGAGCCUCGUUUGUCAUUUCUGACUGUUGUGCGUCAUGCUAUAGGAAGAUAUCUUUGGUUGUUUGUUUUGUCCUGGGUGUGGGAUAGCUCUUUUUUCUUUUUUUUUCUGAGCUAUUGUAGAGCAGAGCGAGUAAACUGCUUCUUUCCAGUCCUGUCUGGUUUGAGGCCACUGAGUUGGUAUAAUCUGAUAUGAGCCUGGCAGGGCUGUUACAGUGGGUAAGAAUGCCACUUUGGCAGGAACUGUAAAGCAUCCGCAGCUGAUAUUGUGUUUCAAAACACAGCGCGCUAUAGCUCUGGUCUUCUAGGUAUUGAAAUGAUAUUAACGUCACAUUUGAUGGCCACGCAGUAGUUUUGCGUUUAACGUGCAGAUACCGUUUGGCAACACUAAAGGUCACCGCGUUCACGUUCGCUUGCUGUUGCUCUGGUUGUUUUACAGUUAGGUUUCUUCGGUUCUCGUCUGGCAUGUGUAAGUAAAUACCUUUGCAAUCUUAGAGCGGUGAGACCUGAAAAAGGAAUCAACCGGAAUUACAUCAUAACCGUGUUAAAAUUGGGAUCUGUGGGAACAACGUUAGCACCGCUUUGGGCUCCCAGGGGGAAAGGGCAUCGGGGUCACUUGCAAAGUGUCGGAUAAUUCAUAGUCAAGACCUCCUGGACUGUUACCAAUAAUAAGAACAGGAGGAAUGCCAUCUGCUACCAUGACACUAGUUUACUAUUUCAUUCGCUCAACGAUUGGUUAGAUUUGUGAAACGUUAACCAGAGGACCAGUUCAGUGAAAAUGUCAGCGUAUACCUGAAGACGGAAAUGGCAAGAGUGCAUUUUGACACAUGUGCUUUGGCUGUAAUGUCAUAUUGGGUUAUUUUCAAAACCGUAAAUAAACAAAUGAGCUGUUAUGAUACUGUUUAAAUGGGCUCUUUCUUUAUAUGCAUUCCUAAUUGUAGCUUCUUCUUUCUUGUAUCAUGUUUUUAACUUUGUGACUUUGUGAAAAAACAUGCACUGUUAUGUUGGCAAUGAUAGAAUACUUGCCCUUCAUGGAACAUUGUGUAGUUCUGAUAGCGUAAUGCUGUUAUCUGCCUUGAAUAUCUUCAGGAAAGUUACAUCAGUAAUGUCUGUCUGCAUCACUUCACUAUGAAGUAUUUUGUUAUCUGGUGAUGUGCUUUAGUUGGGAUGUUGAUAAACCAAACCAAUAAAUUCUACUUCAUCUUGA